AUGUAUCACUUAUCUCGAGUUCGAACACCUACACAUAUCGUCACAGGUGACAAAGAUGAACAAGCGAAACCCAGUCAGAGUUUUAUGCUUGAACGUGCACUCUAUUAUCUCGAAAUACCUGUUCAAUUGUUGAUUUUUCCAAAUGAAGGUCAUGGAUUGAGCAAAAAUCCUUGGUCAGGAAAAAUCAAAGUUCGUGAAGAAUUGAAAUGGUUACACAAAUAUACCAAUCAGAGUCUAUAG